UCUCCUACACUUACCCAGCUAUGUAAGUUUUGCACAGACUGUAUAGAAUAAUGCGUUCAAAAUAUGUGCUUCCCUUAGCUGACUGGAACCACACAAAGAUAAGACAACGGGGGUUAGUUCUGGACAGUUUCUAAAUCCCGCAAGUGUCGGUCUUCUGGUGGACUCCUCGGUGCGGAGGAGGAGGUGGAGGCAAGGCCGAUAUGAGGGUGUGUAACCGCGGGGUAAUGAUGCUUCUGACCACGGCGGGGGCUUUUUGCGCCUUCAGCCUCAUGACCAUCGCCGUGGGCACGGAUUAUUGGCUGUACUCCCGCGGGAUGUGCCGCUCCAAGAGCCAGACGGACAACGACACCGUCCACAAGAACGAAGAGGUCCUAACCCAUUCAGGUUUGUGGAGGACCUGCUGCACCGAAGGGAUAUUUCAGGGUGUUUGCAAAGACAUCGACCACUUUGCGGAAGAUGCAGACUAUGAGCAGGAUGCUGCAGAGUACUUACUUAGAGCAGUACGAGCCUCCAGCCUCUUCCCCAUCCUCAGUGUGGGAUUAUUAUUUCUCGGGGGUGUGUGUGUAGCCGCCAGUGAGUUCUACAAGUCACGCUACAAUGUCAUUCUCAGUGCUGGUAUUCUCUUUGUCUCUGCAGGCCUCAGCAACAUCAUCGGCAUCAUUGUUUACAUAUCAGCCAACUCAGGUGACCCAAGCCAGAGCGACAACAAGAAGAGCUACUCUUAUGGCUGGUCCUUUUAUUUUGGGGCUCUUUCCUUUGUGCUGGCUGAAAUGGUGGGCGUCCUGGCAGUGCACGUGUUCAUAGAAAAACACAGACAGCUGCGCACUAACGGCCGGCCUUCACUCAUAAAGCCCCCCAUCUCCCGCAGCUCAUCUUACUAUCGCAACCGUUACUACCAGAACCGCAGCCGCCGCUACAGUUACAAGAGCAACCACAGCACUGGGGACUCCACCUCACACACCUAUCAAACACCACUGGGGCAUGACCGAGAGCCACCCAUCUCCGAUGGAUCCAAAGUCGCUGGCAUGGCAGGUUUGCCCACACCAGUCACAAUAGACUCAGAGUUCAUGCUGUACACUUUAACCUCACCUCUCAAAGACGACACAAUUAACAUGGCUGUGGAUGAUUUAACAACUGCAGCUGCUCACAACAACACAGAGAUGCUGCCGGGAAACUGUGCGUCCAGUAGAAGGACAACGCCUGUCUGAAAGGAAGAGAAAAAGACUUUUUUUUUCUCUGGCAAUCAAUCAUUUCAGCUCAAGACUGAACCAGUUUGUUUCAUUUAAUGUUGUCUUACUUGAAGAGAAAUAGAAUACAUGGAUAAUAGCAAAAUUUUGAGAUUGUUCUUAUUUAGUAUUUGUUAAGCUACAGUAGAUGUAUCUGUUAUUUGCGUGAAUGAGUUUGUGUAGAAAUAGGAAUGUGUGUCAGUAAUGCACAGAGACAGAAAGGAGAAGCUGAUCAUGAGAAUAAUACCCACUCACAUAAAAAUAACAGAUACCACACAUGACUAUGUCAUAGAUGUUCUGUUCCCAUCCUCCUUUAUGUGUCCUAAAUGCUCAAAAUCGAAACCCCAUUAAAUGCA